UUUAUAGCUAAAGUUUGAAAACCGUGUUGAAUUGUCAAAAAAACUCAUGCUUUCAAAAAAAUUCUGCUAAAGAUUUAAUAAACAGUUCUUCAUUUUUACCCCAUUCAAUUCCCACUUUACACAAAAUGAUGCAAAUCCGGUUAUUAUGUGGAUAUUCGCGUUCCGCUGUCCGACAAAUAUCCACUGCAAGUAUAGUACGAAAUGCAGAAGCAGCCCUAGCUUCUGCCGGCGAUAAACUAACGAUACCCGUUCCAGAAGGAUGUGAUAAACCAGCCAAUCCUAAGCUUGUGUCUAUCGUGGAUAGCAUCGCUACAUUGAAUCUGCUGGAAGUUUCUGAACUCAGUGGUCUGUUGAAGAAACGACUUAAUCUUCCCGAUGCUGCUCUGAUGCCGGCUGGUUUUGGUGCGGGACUUACACCGGCUGCCGCUGGCCCAGCCCCGGAAGAGGAAGAAGCCGCUCCGAAAGUAGUUAAAACUCUUUUCAAAGUAAAAUUAGUCAAAUAUGACGAUAAGCAGAAAGUAGCCCUAAUCAAGGAAGUUAAAAGUCUAUUGGACGGUAUGAAUUUAGUGCAAGCGAAGAAAUUUGUGGAAAGCGCUCCAACUAUGGUUAAGGAAGAUAUUUCGAAAGAGGAAGCAGAAAAGCUGAAAGAAGCCUUCACUAAAGUGGGGGCUAUUAUUGAGAUAGAGUAAGAAGGGAUUUCGAUUAAUUGUAGUGUUAAUAAAGAAUUAUUGUACGUA